GCCAGGGAAGGAGGGAGGCACAGAGGGUCGGAGCGCGGACAGGGGGAGGAAGGAGCGCUCGAGGGAGCCCGGGAGGUGGUGGGGAGGGGAUGGGCCUGGCGGCGGUGAGGCUGGGCCUGUUGCUGGGCGGGGAAGCGGCCCCAGUUUCCCCGUACAUGGAUGGGAGACGUGCAUACAAGCACACGGACCGGGAGGCAUCCCUACAUUCUGGAAAGGAUCGGAGAUACCUUUCUUCAGGGAGAAGUAGGUUCAUUCGGAAACGAGGCUGGAAGGAGAAUCGUCUAUUCCUGCAUUCCAGGGGAUCUUUUGGGGAGGAGCCAUGUGGCAGUGGGGGGCAGCUCCCUUCUGGUGGGGGCAGGGUGUUCCGGAACACUACAGCAGGGCUGGAUCAUCGCCGCAAGAGACCCUCUGCUAUGGGUCCAACUCGGCCUCGGCUUUUCUCUGGAUCUUUUCACGAGUCACUCCAAGGGUCAGACCAGGAUCCCCGUAGGAUUAAAUUAGAAGGGAAUGUGGCAGCUAGUCAUGGAGGCCUAUUCCAGGGUGGUGCCUACCGCUGUGCCCGCUGUGGGAGACAUUUCCCUGGCUGGGCAGCCUUGCGACAUCAUACUCGUCGGCAUCAUGGCCGUCCACCCUUGCCUUGCCCUGAGUGUGGCCGUCGAUUUCACCAUGCUCCUUUCUUGGCCUUACACCGCCUGGCUCACUCUGCUGCCACAUCCAUACCUCCUGCUACGGGUUUCCUCUGCCAAGUCUGUGGGCAGAGUUUCAGGAGCUGGGCAGCCCUUGCACUUCAUGGCCAGGUUCAUGCCUCAUCUGCCCGGGCAGUCGCCUGCCCCAAGUGUGAGAAACACUUCAGCCGAGCCUCCCAGCUGCGCGCACACCUGCGACAGAACCACCCACCUGCUCCACCACCCCGCCGAUUCAUCUGCAGUGGCUGUGGUCAGAGUUUUGCACAGUGGGCUGAGCUAGUUGCCCACAAGCAGAUACAUGUAGCUGAAGCACAAGCAUCAGAAAAAGCCCUUGCACCGCGGCCCCGAGGCCGCCCAGCACUUACUGCUGCUCAGCCAGGAGGUGAUGCUGCUGACCGACCUUUCCAGUGUGCCUGGUGUGGCAAAUGUUUCCGUCACAAGCCUAAUCUGAUUGCUCACCGUCGUGUGCAUACUGGUGAACGUCCCCACCAGUGCCCUGAGUGUGGAAAACGUUUCACUAAUAAGCCCUACUUAACUUCCCACCGGCGAAUUCAUACCGGUGAGAAGCCUUACCCAUGCACUGAAUGUGGGCGCCGCUUCCGGCACAAACCCAACCUUUUGUCUCAUGGCAAAAUUCACCGGCGCCCUCAGGGUUCUGUGGAGGCCACCAGUAGUCAAGGGAGUUUCCAGAUUCCAUCUCAACUUUUGGAGACUCAACAAGAUCAAGUCACAGAUCCUCAACAGGACCAGAUUGUAGAUCCUCAGCAAAUCCAGGCCAUGAAUCUUCAGCAGGAACAGCCCAUAGAAUCCCAACAGGAUCAGUCCACAGACCUUCAUCAAGGCCAAAUGGACUCCCAGCAGGACCAGGUCUUGGAUCCCCAGCAGGACCAGGGAAUGAACUUUCAGCAGGACCAGGAAGUGGAUCCUGCUGUCCCCUAUAACUAUGAUGAGUGUGGACGCACAUUUCGGAACCGAAAGUCUUUGCGUGGUCAACAGCAACUACAUCCUGGGGAACGUCCUUUCAUAUGUAGUGAAUGUGGAAAAAACUUUAGUAAGAAAACCCAUUUGGUGGCCCACAUCCGUAUCCACUCAGGUGAACGGCCCUUUGCCUGCCUAGAAUGUGGGCGUCGUUUCUCACAAGGAAGUCACCUGGCAGCUCACCGUCGUGAUCACGCCCCAGAGCGGCCCUUCAUUUGCCCCGACUGUGGCAAGUCUUUUAGGCACAAGCCCUACUUGGCAGCCCAUCGCCGCAUCCACACAGGUGAGAGGCCCUAUGCCUGUCCUGACUGUGGCAAGGCCUUCAGCCAGAAAUCCAACCUUGUGUCCCACCGGCGCAUCCAUACAGGUGAGCGACCUUAUGCUUGCCCUGAUUGUGAGAGGCGCUUCAGUCAGAAAUCUAACCUGAUCACACACCGCAAGAGCCAUGGUCGAGAAGGGCCAUUCAUCUGUGCCACCUGUGGUGAGAGCUUCAGUCAUGAGCAAAAGCUCCUGACUCAUCAGAAGAAGCAUGUGGCCUGACCUGGUAGGAGUGGGAGAGCAAAGACAGGGAGAUAAACUUUGAGGAGUAGGCAAAGAUGUCAUGAUGGAAGAUGUUAUUGAUGGUAAUGGGGUAAGGAAUGGGAGGUUUCUCUUGGAAGCUGGUCAGGACCCAGGAGAGAGGACUCAGUAUCCUUGCCCCAGCAAGUCUGUUAGAAGUUUCCAGAUAACCCCAGGCUGUUUCCACCUCGCUGGAAGUUCUUCUCUUCUUGCCCCUUGGGGAAGAAGUAUUUGAAAAGAAGAUGCAUCAGCAGCUGGAAAGAUUGAGAACAUCUGGGACAUAUGCAGAGAUCUCCAAUAUGUUAGGCAGCAUUUGGAUUUAUUUAGACAUCUCCAGGGAAGGAAAUGCCCUAGCGAUGUCAGUUUUUGGCAGCAUCUGAUUUCUCUAGUCCCCUUCACGCUUCCUUUCCUACCUACCCUCUUCUGUCUCCCAGCUCAAAUCUACCCCUUUGCUUUGCUUUCUUUUUUUUUUUUAUGUAUAUGUAACUUCUCUACCCAUAACUGGUUUCAGCUUUGAAUUCUCAAGCAUCUUUUUUGCCUUCCCUCCCAGAUCAAGAUUUUGUCUAAGUCCCUAAUUUCUUUUUAACUCUUCUAGCUUUCGUUACUGUACUGCAGAGACAGACAGACACAGAGGAAUGGGAUAGGCAUGGAAGAGAUCUUAACCUGUUGAAAUGGACCUUUGAGUUCAUCCAAUUUGCAUCUAAAAGAGGAAUUAAUCUCAUCCCGUAUAUUUAACAGACCAGCCUCUGCUUAAACACUUCCAGUGAUGGGAAUGGAGAAUCCUUUGAAGGUAGUUCAUUCUAUUGCUGAAUAUCUAAUUGUUGGAAAUUUCUUUUUUACAUUAAGUGAAAGGGCAUUUCCUUAUUUCUACCCAUUGGUUCUAGUUCUGUCCUCUGGAAUCAAGCCAUACAAAGUAAGUCUGGUUCCCUCAAGUCCCAGUGAAUAAGACAGAUUUUCAGCUAUGACUACAACAUAUUCUCUUCCUUUGUUGAAUUGCAAAAGUUGGCAUCUGAGAAGACCGUUUUCCAAGGGAAAUAUGUGUAGAGGUUACUCAGACAAUAAAGUAAGCAUCAAUGGGACUUAGAGUGUGGGUGAAGGAGAAUGGGGUCAGGUCCCAUGCUUUAGGAAUUCCAGAGUGCACUAGGCUUUAACAGUUUCUUAUGCCUGGGAAUUUCUAGAAAAUGCAGUGACUUUUGCCCUAGGGAUUGUGAUAAUUUUCUAGGAGGACAAACUGAAGCCACUCAGGACUUUCUGGCAAGCAAAUAAAACUGGGAUAAGAACCCAGAUCUCCAGGGAGCUUUAUCUUCCUAUUUUUUUGCUGUGAGUCUUCCUAUAGGUUACACUAGGGAAGGCAGAAUCAUCUUUAUUGCUUACUUUGGCACUAUUUUAGGAUCACACAUUUAGAGCCAGAAGAGAACAGUUUAAAUGUUAUUAUGUCCAAUCCUGGCAUUUUACAUAUAAGAAAGUGAGGCCCAUAGACCUGUUUAAGGUCACACGGAUAAUAAGUGACAGUUGAAAUCCAAAUGUGGGUUCUCUAAAUUCAGUUUUGUUUAGACACUACCAGCAUCAUCAGUGUGAUUAUAAGGCUGCAGGCUUUGGUUAGACCCAGAUUUUGCUGUUUAUCAGCCUGUGCCCUAGAUGGUAAUCAAAAAGUGACUUUAGUAGGGAAAAUAGUUCUAGAGAACAUCCCACACUUGGUUGCCAGUACUGGGCUAAUUCUCUUUUGGUGUCAAUUCAUAUACACAGAAAUGAACAUACAUGCAUAUAUACAUGUAUGUAAAUGAGGUCCAGUAGGUAGACAAGAGACCUCUAAAUGGUUUUUCUGCCUUCCAUGGGAGAUUUAACUCCCAAUAUUACAAAUAAUACUACUUUAUAUUUAGUUGUUUGUGUAUAUGCCUCAGAGUCAUGAGCUUAGAUAAUAUUAGAACUGGAAUACUUAGAUAACUAGUAUUUGAUAAUAUGGCUCCCCUGGGCCAUCAUACUUGAUACCCUCUAUUUUGGCUUCCAUGCUGUUUGCAUUUUACUAUUUUACUUCUGACAGAUCCUUAUUCCAUUUCUCUUUUUGAUUCUUCAUCAUAUGUCCCUCAAAACACUUAACCCUCUUCUCUCUACUUUUUUUUUUUUUUUUUGGAUAAUAUUUUUUGAUCCCAUAGUUUCAGCUAUCACGUCUAUGUAGGUAACUGCCGCAUCCUUUCAGGUCAAACUGGAUAACUUCCCUAUUACUAUCCUGUCCUUUUCUUAUUCAUGGCUUUCCCAUUCCAAUCUUUAUGGGAAAUUGACUCUUCCCUAGAGCUCCAGCUUCAUAGUUCCAACUGCUCACUGUGAAUCUCCAUCUAUGUGUUCUAUUGGCACAGUAAAAUCAGUCUAUCCAAAACUGGGCUCAUUCUAUAAUCUACGAAACCUGCUUUUCUCACAUCCUCUUUUUACUGUAAUCACCAUUCUUUUAGUUACUUAUGCAUACACAACUUGCCAUUUUUCUGAAACUUCUCUCCCCAAAUCUAGUGCUGAUAAUUCUACCUGUAUGAUCUCACCAGUUAUAGUUUAGGGUCUCAUUUCAUUUUCUAAGCUGUUGUAAUAAUCUAUUUUAUCUUUAUGCUUCCAAAAUAUCCCCUCCUUGCUGCUUAAACAAACUUUAAUGCACUGCUUUGAUCAUGUCACUUCUCAAAAAUCAUCAGUGAUUCCUUAUUACCAAGGAAAGUAGAAACUCUUGAUCCUAACAUUUGAGAUAUUCCAUAAUCUGUUUCCAUCCUUCUUUUCUAGCAUAUUUCCUAUAACAUUCUUUACUUGAGGUAAGCUGGGUUUUGCUCUCCCCCAUUUUCAUCUUGUCCCCACCUAUCUCUGUUCUUUUUCCUGUCUUCCAUUUUUGGAAUUUUGGAAUGUGCUUCCCUUCCCACCCAUCUUCACCUCUUUUACAAAAUCCCUUCCUUGAAUACUCAAGGUCAGGUUUCAUCUCCACAAACCUUCCCUCACCACCCUCCCCCACCAUCCUCUAGGUGAAUGUGAUCUUUCCUUCCAUUUUUUUGUGAACUUUACAUUUAAUCUCACUUUCCCGUUGUAUCAUUGUUAUUUCUGUACCUGUCUGUUCCCCUGUUAGAUUGUAUGCUCCUUACGAGCAGGGUCUGUGUUUUGUCUCUCUCCCUAAAACUUAGAAUAGUUCACAUAGGAGGUGCUUAAAAAAUAUUUGUUCAGUUGAAUUAACUAGUCUAACCCCCCUCAUUUUGCAGAUGAGGGUGCUGAGGUUCAAAGAAGUGGGAAGCUAUAUCCAGGGUCACACAGCUAGUUUGUGGCAGAGCCUGGUCUAGGACUCAGGUUAGUGCUAGUUUUGCUUCCCCAUCACCGAUUCCCCACUAGAUUGUGAAGUCCUGAAGGGCAGAGACUGUCUACUAAUUCUGUAUCCCCUCCCUCAGCAAGGACAACAUAAUAAAUGUGUUGGAUAAAUUAAUGAAGUGAUUCCUUUGAGUUAAGAUCUCCUCUUAAAAUGGAAAUGUUUCUUUCCAGAAGUAGUGUUAACAGCUCUGUCCUGUAGCAUUUAAGUUUUAUCAAAUACUUUUUUCUAUAUCCUUCCAAGAUAGGUAGUGGGCAUUUUAUCUCCCUUACCUUUAAAAAAAAAAAAAAUUACUUAGUAUUUUCUCCCAGUUACAGUUUAACUUUUUUUUUACAUUUGUUUUAAAAUUUUUUCAAUUCCAGAUUCUCUCCUUUAUCUUCAGCCCCAACCCCAGUGGAAACCACAUGUGAAAUUAUGCAAAACAUUUCCAUAAAAGUCAUGUUGUGAAAUUUCUCACGCUAUCUAAACAACAAAAACAAAAAAAAAACCUUAAAAAAAAAAAAAAGUAUGCCUCAGUCUUACUCAGAUACAAUCAAUUCCGUGUCUGGCAAUGGUUAGGAUUUUUCACAAUAAAUCCUUCAGAGUAGUCAUGAGUCAUUGUACUGCUGAGUAUAGCAAAAUCAUUUGCUGCUGAUCAUGCCAGAACAUUGCUAUUACUGUGUUUACAAUACAUUUCACUUUGCUUGGAUUCAUAGAGGACUUUCAGUUUUUUCUGAAAGCAUUCUGCAGAUCAUUUGCCAUAGAACAGUGUCCAUUGUAAUCACAGACUACAAUUUAUUCAGCCAUUCUUCAACUGAUGGGCAUCCCCUCAAUUUCCAGUUUUUUGCCCUGAAAAGAGAACUGCUAUAAAAAAUUUUUGUACAUUUGUUUUUUGUAUGUUUUAUAUUCAUUUUUUUAAAUCUCUUGAUAUUCAUGCCUACUAAUGGUACUUUUGGUUCAAAGGAUAUGCAUGAAUUUAAAGCCCUUUAGGCAUAUAUGGAUCAUAUUUUUUGAUCAUUUAUUAAUUAGGGUACCUCCUUUUCAAAAGAGGAAAUGGGCAUAAUGAAGUGACUUAUCUCUGCACAUAGUUAUUGGGGGGCAGAGGGGGGGAGGAAGGUGUGUCUUGUUACCCAGACCUCAAGUUGGUUACUGCUUAUUCCAUGUUCUUUUGGUCACAUCAUGCUAUCUCCUAAGAAUUCAUCUGUGGUCCUAUUUACUAUCUACUUUUCUGCCUGUGUUUCUCCUGAAAUGUUACCACAAUUGUAAAGGGCAGGUCAGUUGUCUGAAGGUAGCAGCUGUUGCUAAUGCCCUUGAGCAAGGUACCCUACCAACUCUCCCUCUGAAACUCCCUAUGGACAGAAUAUGAAAGGAUGAACUUGAACCUCUCUAAUAUUAGACUGGCCUUUAUACUGGGAUUGCAGGGGUCAGUAUUGAUAAAUGAAAAAACAAGAAAUAGAACUCAUUUUGGUAAACUGA